AUGAGAGUCUCUUCGGCUUGGGCCCUUGUGGCAGCCGCCACGGUCACUGCCAUGCCUCAACCAGUCUCCAAAAGAGAUCCUUUCCCGGCUGACGGUACUGUUGUGGGAGGUGUUCCCCAUCGCCCAUUCAGGAUCCGAAGACAAGCCGCCGCACCAGCGACCCCUCAAGGCAAUCAACUCAUCCCGGUGGUGGUUGGGGGAGCGCAGGAUACAUUCGUCCCGAACUUGAUCAUGGCUCAGGUCGGCGACGUCGUUCAGUUCCAGUUCAGCAAUGGCAACCACACUGUGACGCAAAGUGCCGAAGGCGCCGCAUGCCAACCUCUUCAAGCUCAGGUUCCGACGGCUAUCCACAGCGGUCAUGUGCCCUUCAAGGACGGACAGGCUAUGGUUGGAACGUUCAACAUGCCGAUUACGAGUGCUGAUCCAAUGUUCCUAUACUGCGCCACCGGACCUCAUUGUCAAGAGGGACAGGUCCUGGUCAUCAACCCCACCAAUGCGAACCAAGUCGUCCAGUACUCGAAGUUAGCUGCUGCCGCGAAAGCAAACGUCGACGGAACCACAGUGAGUGGCGGGGCCGUUGGACAGAUUCCCCUCGCAAAUGCCGCCUUUGUCCCAGCACCGGCCCAGGGAGCUGGCGGUGGCGGUCCUCCGGGAGGCGGCGCUGGCGGUGCUCCCGCUGCAGCCCCGGCGGCUCCAGCUGCACCGGCUGCACCGGCAGCGACACCCGCGACACCGGCAAACCCGGCUCAGGAUCCUGCGGCAGCACCUCCAGCCGAAGCGCCCGCUGCUCCUCCGGCAGAAGCUCCAGCAGCUCCCCCGGCUUGA